AUGAUGACCACCAUUCAGAUGGCCGACGAGUGGAAGGCUACUUACCCACAGGAGGGGGAUACCGGUGCCGAUGCUCCGGCCGGUUAUAUUACUAUGUGGGCAGAUUUUUUCACCGAAGGCAACCUUCGGUUGCUGGUGACGGUGUUCGUUGCGGAGGGGUGUUGGAUGGAUGCGAUUGGCUUGUGGAGGAUGUUCGAGCCCGAUUUCGAGGGCCAGGUUGAGCUGAUUCCGGUUGAGUUGCGGGAAGGUUUUAAUCUGGAAAUUGUUAGCAACUUCCGCGUACCCAAACGUGAUGUGCUGCAGGCACCCGUGCCAGAAGGCACAAAAGCUAUGCUUGCGGACUUGGGGAAGUUUGAAAAGCGCAUCCCCAAGAAGCACGUAGAGAAGAAGCAGGUGAAGAAAACCACGCGGGGUCGUGGUAAGGGGAGGGCUGAAGGCUCAGUUGUCCCUCCUUCGGUGUCUCAGGCCGCAGGUAGUGGUGCGGCUGCAAGUGGAACUGCUAUGGGUCCCCCCGUUGUUGGUGAGAAGAGAGAACUAGAGCAAAAGGCUGCUGGUGGUGAACCGAAACGUCGGAAGCUGCAGUCUAAAAGGGCUGCUCCGGCGCAAAGAAACCUGCGGUUGCUACUGGUGAGUAUAACUUUUUUCAUUGUUUUGCAUGCACAACGUGUUAGAUUAACAGUUAUUGCUCUUUGUAUUGCAGAAUCACAAGAUGCAGGUUUUUCAUUUUUUGAUUUCCCUUCGUCUCCCACGCAUACCGCUGCUGCGGACGCGGGGGUGCCGAAGGAGCCUGUGGUGCCCAAGGAGCCUGUGGUGCCCAAGGAGCCUGCGGCACCUUUUGUUCGCGAUCCCACCGUGCAGGUGGAGAAGACGGUGGAGAAGACUGCUGCCCAGAUUUUUGAUACUAAGUCAGAUGCUGAGGUGCGGCAACAUGGUGCUGAGCCGCAGAAAUCUUCUGCUGGUGAGAAGGUUGUCGGUUCUUCUUCCGGUGGUGCGGGAAGUUCCAUUGUGGCGAAUGCCAUUUUGGAAGACUACAAAGUGCUGGGCCGCAGGGAAGAAGAAGCUGUUCGUUUGCGGGCUGAAGCAGAAGAGUUGGUGAAAGCUGCUCGUGCGGGUGCGGAGCAGCUUGAAAGAGAUAGAGCUGCUUUUGAGUUGACGAAUGCCAAGGCGGCGAACGCUGCUUUUGGCAAAGAGAAAGCUGCAGCUGAGGCGAUUGUAGUUAAAGCGCAGCAGGCGGAGGUCCGGGCCGUAAAGGCGCUUGAAGAGGCCAAGGAAGCGGGGGCUCGUGCUGCGAAGGCCCUUGAGGAGGCCAAUGAGAGGGAGAGUCGCUCUUCUAAGGCUCUUGAGGUGGCGAAUGCGGAGCGCACCCGUUUGGAUCAAGUUGUUGCCAACCUUCAGGCUGAAGUUCAGGCCCGGGAGGUCGCGGUUACAGACCUCACAGCCCGCGUUAGUGUUGCGGAAGAGCGGGCUAAUGUUGCCGUUGAAGCCAGAGAUGCUCUGACUUCUUCGCUCCAACAACUGGAGGCUGAUCGUGAGUGGAUGCGGAGUCAAGGCAUUGCACAUGUAAGUAUUUUGUGA